AUGAAGUGUAAAGACAAUAUGGUUUUGAUCAUGGGUGCCACCGGUUCCGGCAAGUCAUCACUCCCGGUUGAUCUGGCUUUACAUUCCAACGCCGAGAUCAUCAACUCUGACAAGAUGCAGUUCUAUGAUGGCUUGAAGAUCACCACGAAUCAAUCAACCAUUGCGGAACUACGUGGAGUGCCACAUCACCUUCUCGGUAAACUACACCCGGAGGCUGAAGAAGUCACAGCUGCAGAGUUUCGCGUUAUGGCUGCUAAAGCCAUCUCUGAGAUUACUCUACGUAAAAAGCUCCCAAUACUUGCCGGUGGAUCCAACUCCUAUAUCUACGCUCUCCUUGCAAACUGAUCUCAUGACCCUGAAAACUAUCCGUUUUCUGAUCACAAGGGCUCAAUCUGCUCCAAUUUGAGAUAUGAUUGUUGUUUCAUUUGGAUAGAUGUGGAUCAGCCUGUGCUAUUCGAGUAUCUUUCCUUACGUUUGGAUGUCAUGAUGAAGUCAGGUAUGUUCGAGGAGAUCGCUGAGUUCCUUCGCGCUAGCAAGGCCCCAAAAGAGCCAUUGGGGAUAUGGAAGGCUAUAGGAGUGCAAGAGUUUGGUGACUAUCUCAAAAUGUACAAGUUUGGGGACAAUGAGAUAAUGAAAUGGGAUCCUGUGAGAAAGGAAGCUUAUGAGAAGGCGGUGAGAUCGAUCAAAGAAAACACGUUUCAGCUCACAAAGGAUCAAAUCAGGAAGAACAAGUUGAGAAAUGCCGGGUGGGACAUAAAGAAGGUGGAUGCUACAGCAUCGUUUCGAGAGGCAAUUAGGGCAGCCAAAGAAGGUGAAGAUGCAGCUGAGAUGCAGAGAAAGAUAUGGAACAAGGAAGUGUUGGAACCGUGUGUGAACAUUGUCAACAUCUUUUUGGAUCAGCCGAUCGAUUAG